GUCGGCGCGGAGCCCAGCGCAGCCGGGCCAUGGGCGGCGGGGCGGCCGGGCCGCGGGCCACCGCGCCGGGGCAGCAGCUCCGCGCUCUCUUCUACGCGCUGCCGCCCGGCGAGAGCUCCUUCCGCACGGUGGAGGAGGUGCCCGACUACGUGGAGAAGAGUAUUCCAUUCUUCAUUGCUUUUAUUGGGCUGGAGUUUGCUGUCAGCUGGGUUCAGAAGCGUAAGCUGUCAGGUCGGAUCAAUGAUGGCAUAAGUUCUCUUUCCUUAGGCAUCCUGUCUCGACUGCCAGAUGUUUUAUUCAGAAGUGUUGACUUAAUUAGUUAUAUCUACAUAUGGAACAGCUACAGACUCUUCGAACUGCCCUGGGACUCACCAUGGACGUGGUAUUUGACACUCCUGGGAGUGGACUUUGCAUACUACUGCUUUCACCGCAUAAGCCAUGAGGUUAAUAUACUGUGGGCAGCGCACCAAGUACAUCAUAGUUCUGAAGAUUACAACUUAUUCACAGCCUUGAGACAAUCUGUACUGCAAAAAUACACCUCCUGGAUUUUCAACUUGCCUAUGGCUCUUUUCAUUCCCCCUUCAGUGUUUGCUGUUCAUCUACAGUUUAAUCUGCUUUACCAGUUUUGGAUACAUACAGAGGUUAUCACCAACCUUGGGCCUCUGGAGUGGAUUCUUAAUACUCCCAGUCAUCACAGAGUUCAUCAUGGUAGAAAUCCUUACUGCAUUGACAAAAAUUAUGGCGGCACACUCAUUAUCUGGGACAGGAUAUUUGGAACAUUUGAGGCAGAAGAUGCAAAAGUUGUAUAUGGCUUAACACAUCCAGUGAAUUCAUUUGAUCCCAUCAUGCUCCAGCUACGUCCCUUGGCUCAUAUUUGGAACACGUUUUGGGCCACACCUGGAUUCUGCAAUAAGCUUUCUGUCAUAUUCAAAGGGCCAGGCUGGGGACCAGGCAAACCUAGACUUGGCCUUCCUGAGGAAAUCCCAGUGAUCACUGGAAAAGAAGUUCCCUUCAAUCCAAGUGUACCAGCUUAUCUUAAUUGCUAUGCAGUUGUACAUUUUGCUGUAAUAGUGGACUUGUUUACUGAACUUCUUGGUACCGUGACUAUGUUAUCACAGGGAACUGUUCUCCUGAGAAUUGGCUUUAUCAUUCUGUCCUUGACCUCUUUCGGACUGCUUAUGGAGAACAGGCCCAAAGCAGGAAUUUUGGAAAUCAUCCGCUGCUUAGUCUUCGUAGCUGUGUACAAACAUGGCUACUUAAGGAGUCAGUUUUCUUCCUUGGGCUAUGCAUAUGAGGUCUUGUUUUCCCUCUGCGCUGCAUUCUGGGGAAUCCAAAUUAUGAAGCGGAUCACUUCAUCCAAAGAUAAACAUCACUGAAAGAGCAGUUCUAACAUCACUAAUUAUGGAAACAGCACUUUGGAAUAACCUUCUAAGUUCCUUGGAAUUAAUCAGCCAUGAAUCUUACUGAAUCGCAAUCAUUUUACUUAUGAUAGGAGAGGUUUGUGAUUUCGUAUGAAAGUUUGAAAGAUUCAUUAGGACGUGUAUUCAUUUUUAUUUGAUUUUUAAAAAAAUAUUUAAUUUCCUCCCAAUUUAAAUAAAAUGUUUGUUCACAACAUAUAUUUUUACAUUCAAAGGAUUACAAAGUCUUAGAAACCAUGUAAAACAAAUUGCAUUUUUGCAGUGAUUUUGGUAGCAAUCAUACAUGAAAAGUAUUUUUCACAAGAGGAAUAAUUAAAAUCAUAUUUGUUGUAACCUGGUAUAAAGUGCCUGACUCUCUUCCUAUUGAGGCUAAACAUAAACAUAUGUGAAUGUCAGUUUUUCCGUAAUGAUUGAAUUACACUAAAAUCUCAAUGUCAUGCCCAAUUCGGUGUUCAUAACAUACAGCUACAUGAGGAUGAGUAGUCGAGGCAAGAAAAUGAUUAAAAACAGCAUGAUAAAAUAACUCGAACUAGUAUGAGUUGAAACAUCUUCAAUAAAAUUGGCUGAUGUAUAUGUUGUA